AUGUCUAAAACUUUGAGCAAGGGUGAAAUUCGAGAAAUUCUUGACGAGAGUGAAGAUGGACUCGAUUUUGAUGAUGAUGAUGAUGUGGAUGAUCCUAAUUAUAAUGAAGAGUUGGUACAUGCUGAUUUUGAUGAAGUGGUUGAGAAUAUAUUAGAAGAUAUUGAAAAUGAAAAUAUGGAAUUGUGUGCAGAUCCGUCGAACGAUGUUCCGCCCAUUUUGGCAGAGAGAGCACAAAAACAAAAAAAGGUUACAAUGACAUUCUCUGGAAAAAAAAAAAAAUUAGUUUUGGAAGAGCACCAAUUGCGUUUUACAGGCAAUACACCAUUGCCCUAUGAUACAAAGAUUAUCGAAACGCCAAUUGAAUAUUUCUUGUACUUAUUUCCAAAAGAAUUGAUAAAGUUUAUUGCCAAUGAAACAAAUUUGUAUGUUGUCCAAAAGGACGUUAAUGAUCCAUUUCGUGUAUCAGAAAUGGAUAUUCAGCAAUUUAUUGGAGUAGUUUAUAUGAUGUCCUUAGUACAACUUCCUAAUGUACCCAGUCACUGGAGCAAAAUUGGUACAUCCAUGAUACAAGAAGCGAUGCCGCUGAAAAAAUUUGAAAAUUUACGACGUCGCAUACACUUUAACGACAACAGCAAAAAUUUGCCGUCGACUGAUAAAAAUGUUGACAGAAUGUACAAAAUACGCCCGAUCCUGGAUGAGUUAAAUAAGAAUUUUGCAAAAGUGCCUCUUGAACAACAUCUAUGCGUCGAUGAACAAAUAUGUUCCACCUUUUGA